UUCUCAUCAUUCUGUCUUUAUGGCAAUAGUAUAUAGAUCAGCUUACUGUGCUACAGUGAUCCUUCCUGGUCAGUAAAAAACGUUUUGGACCAUGGCUGCUUUAUGAAAAUGUACAACUCCUGGCCGCAAAGAGCAGUGUCCAGAAUGGCAACAACCCCAGCACAGGACAGCUGGACAGAGCAGAUAGAUAUAAAUGAUACAGAAUUACUUGUUGAAGAGGAUAAAGAGGACAAUAAAUGUACUAGCAAUGUGUUCUGGGCAGGAUUCAACUUGAUCAAUGCCAUCCUUGGCACUGGAAUGAUAGGUCUGCCAUAUUCUAUGAAGCUGGCUGGUUUACCGUUGGGUCUUCUGCUUUUAUUUGGAGUUGCCUAUGUCACAGAUUAUUCUAUGAUACUGCUGAUUAAAAGUGGAGAAAUGUCUGGCACUAGCACGUAUCAGUCUCUUGUCAGCAGGACCUUCGGUUUUCCUGGAUACAUGGCGGUAUCGGCAUUGCAGUUUUUAUAUCCCUUUGCAGCAAUGAUCAGCUACAACAUCAUAACUGGAGACAUUUUGCCAAAAAUAUUUCAAAGAAUCCCUGGAGUAUCUCCAGAGAGCAUACUUGCUGAUCGUCGUUUGGCUAUCCUGGGGACAACAGCAGUGGUUACUCUUCCCAUAGCGCUGUACCGCAACAUGCAAAGACUAGGGAAGGUGUCAUUGAUAUCUUUUCUUUUAACGGUUGUGGUCCUCCUGAUGGUGAUUAUCCGGGCAUCUUCCAUGACAAUAGUAAUACCACACACUAAAGAUGCAUGGGUUUUUGCAAACUGGAACGCGGUGCAAGCAGUUGGCGUGAUGUCUUUUGUGUUUAUGUGCCACCACGCCUGUUUUCUUAUUUAUGGAUCUUUAGAAAAAGCAACAGUGAGCAGCUGGUCCCGUAUCACACAUGUAUCAAUGAUAAUGUCACUGAUUAUCAGCGUUCAGUACUCAGUCUUUGGAUAUAUAUCUUUCACAGGAUUCACACAAGGUGACCUGUUUGAGAAUUACUGCAUGGAUGACAACCUGGCCACCGUGGGAAGAUUUUGCUAUGCAAUAACUAUAAUACUGACAUACCCUAUGGAGUGUUUUGUGGCCAGAGAGGUGAUCUCAAAUGUCUUCUUUGGAGGAAAUCUCUCCACUGUCCUUCAUUUCACAGUGACCCUCUUAGUUGUGUCUCUAACCACUGUUAUAUCUUUACUCUCUGACUGUCUCGGAAUGGUAUUGGAGCUUAAUGGAGUUCUCAGUGCAACACCUCUUGUCUUCAUCAUCCCAACGGCCUGCUAUUUAAAGUUGUCUGCGGAUCAGUGGUAUCAUCCUAGUAACUUUGUGCCUUGCCUAAUCUUCCUACUCGGGAUAAUAAUAAUGCCUGUAGGCUUUAUUAUGGCCAUCUUUUAUCCUCAAGAAUGCAGUCAUGGUAAUGAGAUGUUUUACUGUCUCUCAAAUUCUACAUCUGUCGGGACCCCAUCAUCCACCCCAUACCCAGCCAAUGCACCUGAAAUAAAGUUAUGAUCAUCUGGUAACUAAGUGCUUAUUUUAUCACCAUAAAAACACAGAAUUGAUUCCAAUCCUCGAUUACCGCCACAUACUGAAUGUCCACAAAUUGGGGGUGGAUUUCCAUCACCGGAGCAUGUGAGCAUACAACCCAUGUAGGGUUGCCACCUCAUUUAAAACCAGACACAUAUUAAUUACACAGGUUCUGUGGCUGAUUACGGUGCUAA